AUGGGCGACCUCGCCAACCGCAAAGUGUUCAAGGUGUUCAACCAGGAGUUCAUCGUCGACGAGCGCUACAAUGUAACCAAGGAGCUGGGACAGGGUGCCUAUGGCAUUGUCUGUGCGGCUACCAACAACCAGACGGGCGAGGGCGUGGCCAUCAAGAAGGUCACCAACGUCUUCAGCAAGAAGAUCCUUGCCAAGCGUGCCCUGCGCGAGAUCAAGCUGCUCCAGCACUUUAGAGGCCACCGUAACAUAACAUGUCUCUACGACAUGGACAUUCCCCGCCCAGACAACUUCAACGAGUGCUACCUAUACGAGGAGCUCAUGGAGUGCGACCUGGCAGCCAUUAUCCGGUCCGGCCAGCCGCUCACCGAUGCCCACUUCCAGUCCUUCAUCUACCAGAUCCUCUGCGGUCUCAAGUACAUUCACUCGGCCAAUGUACUCCAUCGCGAUCUCAAGCCCGGUAACCUCCUCGUCAACGCCGACUGCGAGCUCAAGAUUUGCGACUUUGGUCUUGCCAGGGGUUUCUCCAUGGACCCCGAGGAGAACGCAGGAUACAUGACCGAAUAUGUCGCUACCCGAUGGUACAGAGCCCCUGAGAUCAUGUUGAGCUUCCAGAGCUACACAAAAGCUAUCGAUGUGUGGUCAGUAGGCUGCAUCCUUGCUGAGCUGCUUGGCGGUAAGCCCUUCUUCAAGGGCCGCGACUACGUCGAUCAAUUGAACCAGAUCCUGCACUACCUUGGAACACCAAACGAGGAGACACUCUCACGCAUCGGCUCUCCCCGUGCGCAAGAUUACGUCCGCAAUCUACCGUACAUGCAGAAGAUCUCGUUCCAGUCCCUGUUCAGGAACGCCAACCCAGACGCACUUGAUCUGCUCGACCGCAUGCUCGCAUUUGAUCCCUCAAGCCGUAUCUCAGUCGAGGAAGCCCUGGAACACAGGUACCUACAAAUCUGGCACGAUGCUUCCGACGAGCCUUCAUGCCCAACUACAUUCGACUUCCAGUUCGAGGUGGUCGAGGAAAUUCCAGAGAUGAAGAAGAUGAUCCUGGAUGAAGUCAGUCGCUUCCGCCAGAUGGUGCGCGUACAACCCGGUGCAGGCGCUGGGGGAAACCAGGCGCCGCAAGUCCCGAUACCCAACAACUACGACCGCGCUGGCUACGAAGACCCAAGGCCGCAAGAAGCGUUCAAUCAAGGUGGAUGGAACGGAAGCGAUCUGGAGCGUGAUCUUCAGGGUCUUGACGGCCGCAUGCGAUAA